AUGAGCACAGCGCCUGCGCGUGCGCGUGACUCGCAAGAAGAGGGUGAGAACAAUGACAAGGACAUGGGCUCGGCAAAAAAACACGAGCGCAUCCCCCAAGGCACUGCUGCGGAGCGCCUCGACGUGCCGAGCAGCGAGGCAAAUAAAGGCGUCCUCAACGAGUUGGUUGGCGAGUCUUCGGCUCCAGGCCCAGUGCCUGGGGCACAGGCCGAUGUGGUUGCAACUGGGGCAGAGGCCGAUGAAGCUAGCUGCCCAAAUCAGGACAGCGAGCUCAUUUGCAGGGCGGCCGUGGUGGGAAACCAGCAGCUUGCAGAGCUCGGAUCCCAAGAUGUGUGUGUGUGUGUGUGUGCGUGCAGCGAGGGCAUCAAACGGCUGCUUGUGCUGUUGCAAAUGAAAGACUGA